AUGGCGCAGAAGACAUCCGCCCGUACUUUCGCUACCGUCAACACCGCAUCGCGAAGCCACAAGAUCGUCGUAGUUGGUGCUGGUGCAGCUGGUUCUUCCAUUUCGCACCAGCUUUUGCGCACCGGAAAGUUCAACGCAGAUGACAUCGCGGUUGUCGACCCAGCCGAGUACCACCACUACCAGCCAGGAUGGACACUCGUUGGUGGCGGACUCAAGAACAAGGAGGACCUGAAGCAGCCUCUCGCACCUCUUCUCGACCCAAAACUCAAGUUAUACGCCAACAAAGUUGGCAGCUUCACUCCUGAGGACAACAGCAUCACACUCGGCAACGGCGACAAGCUGAACUACGAGCAUCUCAUUGUCGUUCCCGGCAUCAAGGUCGACACGUCCAGCAUUGCUGGUCUGCCCGAAGCGCUCGCAGACAACUCAUCCAACGUAUCCACAGUCUACACCUACGAGACGUGCGACAAGGCCAACCGCGACAUCGCCGCUUUCAAGAAGGGAACCGCAAUCUUCACACAGCCGGCAGGCGUCAUCAAGUGCGCCGGUGCGCCGCAAAAAGUUAUGUGGCUAGCCUGGGACCGCUGGUCGAACGCCGGCCUGUACAAGAAGAACGACUCGAACUCCGCCAUCAACAUCUCCUUCGCCACGGGCCUGCCGGCGAUGUUUGGUGUACCCAAGUACGCCGCUACCCUCGAGAAGCUUCGGGUGGAGCGCGGCAUCGAGGGACUCUUCGCUCACGAUCUGAUUUCGAUUGACGGCCAGACUGCUACCUUCAAGACCGCGGCUGGCGAGAAGGUCGAGAAGAAGUUCGACCUUCUGCACGCAGUCCCUAAGAUGGGUCCGCACGCAUUCGUCAAGGAGAGCGCUCUUGCUGACGCAGCGGGAUACGUCGAUGUUGACAACGCGACACUCCGCCACAAGAAGUUCACAAACGUCUGGUCCGCAGGUGAUGCUUCGUCUCUCCCCACUUCAAAGACUACUGCCGCAGUCACCGCACAGGCGCCCAUUCUCAUUUCCAACAUCCUGAAAUCGCUCGAGAACAAGCAGCAAGAGCUCAACGCAGACUACGAUGGUUACACGUCUUGCCCACUUACGACCGGUGAGAAGGAAGUCUUGCUCGCAGAGUUCAAGUACGGUGGUGUGCCUAAGGAAACAUUUGGACGCCUCCUUGGUCUGGACCAGGGCGUCCCGCGCAAGGCGUUUUACUACCUCAAGAAGGAUUUCUUCCCAUGGGUUUACCAGAACUAUAUGGUCAAGGGACAGUGGGGCGGACCUAAGGGUUUCAUAAAAUAG